UGUGUACUAUGUUAUUUCGGGAGGAUUACCAUGGAAUAUUCUUUAUAUGGGCCUAAGAUUUUGGGUGUAAUGGACAUCUCCAAUGUCUCAAAUUUCAACACCACUGUCAAAACACAGGGUCUUUUCUGCUACGAGUCUUUGAGUGGAUCGUGUACGAGGUACGCUCGCCCCCUGAGCAUUCAGGUUCCCAUGUUCACUGCAAUGGGGUUGGCGAUACUGGUGACUGUGAUGGGAAACCUACUCGUCAUCACCUCCAUUGCACACUUCAAGCAGCUCCAAACAUCCACAAACCAGCUGCUCCUCUCCCUGGCUGUGUGUGACCUCCUUCUGGGGGGUUUUGUGAUGCCAUGCAGUGCUGUGCGCUCAGUCCAGGGCUGCUGGUACUUAGGAGAGUUCAUGUGUAAGCUCCACACAAGCACUGACAUCAUGCUAAGUUCCUCCUCCAUCUUGCAUCUAUCUUUCAUCUCCAUUGACCGUUACUUUGCCGUCUGUAGGCCAAUGAGGUACAAACUGAUCAUCAGCAAUAACACCGUCUGGAUCAUGGUUGCCACUAGUUGGCUGGUCCCUGCUAUUUUUGCUUUUGGAAUGAUUUUUUCUGAACUCAAUCUAAAAGGCAGGGAGGUUUUCUAUGAAACAAAUGUCAAGUGUGUUGGAGGCUGUCAGGUAUUCUUCAGUCCGAUGGCAGCUGUUGCAUCUUCCUUUUGUUUCUACAUCCCAGGUUUUAUUUUGAUUUGUCUAUAUUUCAAGAUAUAUUGGGUGGCCAGGGCUCAGGCCAAGUCCAUUAAAGAUCUGUCUCGUCAGGUUAGAGAGGCCGACUCUGGACGUAGAGCGCGACGAGGGGCAAAUAUCCUGGCAAUAGUGGUUGGAGUGUUUUUUGCAUGCUGGUGUCCCUUUUUCUUGUGCCUCAUCAUUGACCCUUUCAUAUUGUACUCUGUCCCACCACAGUUCGCCGACACCCUUGUUUGGCUUGGCUAUUUGAACUCUACUUUUAACCCUAUUGUGUAUGCCUUCUUUUAUACGUGGUUUAGGAGGGCAUUGACAAUCAUCAUCAAGGGCAAAAUCUUUCAGAGGGACUCAUGUAGAUUUCAACUGUAUUCUGAAUGA